UAGGUCACCUCCAGUAUAAAUGUGCCGAGCAGGGUCUCCUCGUCGUCCCCCUACUCUUUCCCUCGCCGCCGCCACCUCCGUCUCCUCGGGUUUGCACAGUCGUCCACCAUGCCGAAGCAGAUCCACGAGAUCAAGGACUUCCUGCUGACGGCGCGCCGGAAGGACGCGCGGUCGGUGCGGAUCAAGAGGACCAAGGACGCCGUCAAGUUCAAGGUUCGCUGCUCCAGGUACCUCUACACGCUCUGCGUCUUCGAUGCCGACAAGGCCAACAAGCUCAAGCAGUCCCUCCCACCAGGUUUGAGCGUCCAGGAGGUUUGAGCAUCAAGCCAGUCAAUGCCUUUUCUAGUAGCGGGAAUGUUCUAUCCAUCGUUCUUUAGUAACUGUUAGCAGGCUCUCCUUGUUUACCCCCAUUUAAAAGAGUUUUGAUGUUCCAAGACUGGAAUGUAAUGUUGGGAGCUAUGUGGUUGAACCUGUGAGGAUUUUUGUGUUAAUUUUCACUUGCUGGAGGAGAUCGAUUAUCUUAUCAUAAA